AUGCCUCCCAAACCCGCUGUGUCCGCAAACUACCUGGACCCCGACAGCGCCACGGGCCACUCCAUGCUGCCUCGAGCUCGAGUGAUGAAAAUUAUCAAGACCGACGAAGACGUAUACCAAUGCAACAAGCAGGCGACCCACCUCAUCUCCAUAGCGACAGAGAUGUUUAUACAAUACCUCGCUGAGCAAGGCGUCAAAACUCUCGCCGCGGAGCGGAAACAGCGCAAGACGGUGCAAUACAAAGACCUCGCAAACGCCGUGGCUCGGAUAGAUAAUCUAGAGUUUCUGUCGGACGUCGUGCCCCAGACAGUGGCGGUUAAGCAGACGAGGGAGACGAAGGCGGCGAAGUCGAAAAAGAAGACGGCUGUGGCUGAGACGGGACAGACGACGCUGAGCACGCUAAUGAAGCCGAAGCAAGCAGCGGUAGAUCGGGUGGAGGCUACGCCGGAGCCGGAGUUGGAUGAGGGAGCGUCUUCACAGAAGGGGAAGGGGAAGGCGGAAGAGACUGGAGUGGAGAUUUCGGACGAUGAGGAUGUGGUUAUGGGAUGA